CUUGAUCAAGAUUCUUGAGAAAUCUUCUUGUAGCCUACGUGUUUACUUGCAGCUAGAAGUUUGUUUGUCAAUCUCGAUACACUAUAACUACAACCAAGUCAUUCGUUCAUUCUUACUCAUUCUUUGUCAAUCAAACCAACCCUAGGGGAAUAGAAUGACAUCCUCUAGCGGCCGCGACGUGGAGGAAUUGAGCACAGAGCUGCUCUGUUGCGAUGAGCAGUCGCUACCUGCGGAGCUUCUUGACCACUUUAUUUAUGGUCAUAUAUAUUGGAUAUACAACCCGCCGGUGAUCUAGGAGUAUCACUAGGGAUGCCAAUCAAUCAAAACUCAGCAUCUGCCAUUCUGUCUCUACGGUGACCAAGAAUGAUAUGGAAGGCGCGCUCUAAUACACCCUGAACAUCGAGGAACUGCGGGACUGGUGCGGAGGUAACCUGGGUGUGGAGAAAAUUUUACUCUUUUUCGUCGCUGAAGAAAAGAAGACCUUACUGGCGAAAAGUCAGAGUACUCCCUCAUCUUUUUAUGGUGCAUUUGUUUUUUCAAUACACCUAAAUGUGUUUUUACUAGGAUCUAGCAGAACAGUGCUGCUAGAUCAUAGUAAAAACACAUUUAGUUGUAUUGAAAAAACAAAAAGGAGUCGGACAACAAGAGGACUAUUUGGAACGAACAGUAGCGAGCGAAUCGAUUUCCCCCGUUGUACUCUUGUUGGACGAUAUGUUGAGAAGAUAUUACCCCUCUAAGGACAACAGAAACAGUACCUGUUCCAUCAAGAAUGGGUAUCGAUAUUGGAGCGAUUGCGCGCAGACGGAUCCAGCCUUCUAGAUGAUGACUUGCUGAGUUUGGGACCGCUUUAUGUUCGUUUCCACGAGAGGGUUGCCCCACUGUUGCCGCUCUACAACCAUAUGAUUUGGGAUGAGAGUUGAUGACCCUCCUCUUACUGUAUUAUGAGUAUUAUAAGUUGUUCUCUAGUUUUUAGGUCGGCUCCACCACAAGUAUUAUAAGUUGUUGAGUUGCUCUACUUAUCGCUAUCGUUCUCCACUGAAAGAAAGUUCUUCUCUUUUUCAAUAGUCAAUACUGAGUACUUACAAGUUCUCUAUCAGGGCAGACCGUCAGGGGCUGAGUGCGAAGUUUCCUCUCAUAUUUUUCAAUAGUCAAUACUGAGUACUACACUAGUAAUGAAGCUCGCAAUUAUUAUCUCGUCUACUGUCUCUCUAUCCCUAGUAUAGCUACUGCUAAAUCUUCCUCGGAACUGCCCACGACAGUACCUAGUACUACGGUAUCGAGUAUCCGCGCUGAGCAUGUGUUGAAAGCCGUGUUGGAGAGUAGCAGCUCGGUGAGCAACGACUAUUCCUCAGAUGGAACAAGCAGUUUGCUAACUUCGACGAAAAACGCCAUUUUAGCCGACCUUGAACAUCAUAGUACUACGUCGAAGCAAGCUAUGGCACUGCACACGGACAAGAGUUUGGAUAUCUUCGAUGAAGGAAGUCAUACAGGACAAGCGUCGCACUCGCAUGUUCAAGGCCACCAGAAAGAAGCUCCAAGAACGGAACAAGAUAUGAACGUAGACAUGUUUCUCGGUGUCGGGACUGCACCUUCCCCACCGCCAGAGCUGAUAGAAACUACACCUUCUGAACUGGAGCAACCACCGAAGGCAACAUCCGCUGACCUUUUGUCCCUCUUCGAUGAUGAUGAGUUCCGUGGUCACCCAACUUCCACUACGUCGACUGCGUCUUCUACUACAAGUUGUAUAACUGCAUCUGAUGGUGCCAGUACUAGUUGUACCAAGACCCCAGAAGAAGAACCAACUACCACGACUAAAAAUCAAGCUCGUGCCAGUACUAGUUGUACCAAGACCCCAGAAGGGGAACCAACUACCACGACUAAAAAUCAAGCUCCCAGUACGGAUACAUCCACUUCUAUCCUCGCCGCAGGACAUCAACCAGCGACAUCUUCAGUACCGGGAUCCUACGCUGAGUGGCGCGCACACUCCGAUAGAGUGGCACAGGAAAAGAACGAACCUACGUCUCCGGAGAAAGCUCAGACAUUUUGGUCCUCAACGUUUGGCACUGGCUCCUCCACUUUUGCAUCCGGGUUGGCGACAGGAUUCACGACGGGCUUUUCAAAGGUAGCCACUGCUGCGAAUAAAGGUGUGUCUGCUAUAGCGCAACAAGUGGGAAGUGGGAAUGUUAAGGCAUGGAAGGAAAGGAGCCGUCAAGUGUGUGUCUUGAAUCCUUAGAGAUCGUCUAUGAAAAACUUCCCAGUUUGGAGAACUCUAACAUGCCAGUGAACAGCACUGAUGUUCAAGUAGAGGCGUCGAAUGAAUUGGCGACAGCGACGACUCCGACUGCGCAGAUCUUAUGGCGGUUGACCUUGACAGAGCAGAAGUUCAUCUUUGAUUGAUAGUCUCCUACUAGUAGUAGCUGUACGCAUAGAUUAGAUUUAGAAUAGAGACGUCUUGCCAGUGCCACUGCAAAUAUGAAAUCUUCACGUCGGCUCUCUGACCACUAAAAAGAGGUGCUACCAAAGUAAACGAGCAAUCACAGUCACCCAGUGGAGGCAAGAGGAAGCUAUCGCGAAUGCAAUUAUUGCCUAUUGAAGUGGACGUAGCCUUAGCCCAAAGACUACCAAUGCUCGCACCGCAUUUGCGAAGUGAGCGGGAAAGUUCUAGACCGGUGCGAUUAGGCCAACGAUUCGCGUGUGAAUAUCAAGGCCAACUCGAGGUGGCAGGGACAGUGGGAACUGAGUUGUUAAGGCUUCUUGGUAGAGCGUCAACAUCUUCGAUGUCGCUUACACAUGUCAUGAGCGUGAACGUCGAGGAACUUCUACUAUCCUCUUUGCCCCAGUACUAAACACUGACGAAAAAGCAUGAUUAACUUCUUCUCUAACUAAAAGCACGACCACCAAAAGCAAUAGCCCUUCUGCGACGUCGAGGAAACAAGUGGAGUUUGUGAUAGUCUCCCUAGAGCAGGGGUUAGGCUCACGUGUCGAAUCCGGCUGUCUCACUGCUGAUACCGAGUAUUACGUGGCAGGCCCUCCAAUGCCGUCUUCGUCGCCUCUAUUAUGGUGCUCUCUAGCUACUUACUUACUUGAUAGUCAUAGAGUGAGCUACAGGUACAGAACUACUUACUUGAAAAUCAUAGCGUGAGCUACAGAAAUACUGACUUUGAAACGUGCUAGGUAAAUCUCAUUAUAGAGAUCUUCCUCUGGUCUGUCUUUUUUCUAGUUAGGUCGGCUCCGAUCAAAAAUACUGUAGAAGAGAAUCCAUGUGUGAACAAAAUAAUAUGCUUGACCAGGUAGUAUCCGAGGUAACAUGCCAUGUCACUGACCCUGAACGGAAGGGACCCCCUUCAAAGCUCUCCCCUUUCCCUUCGUUUUCCCCUGUUCUCUCAAGGGGUCACCUCUUCGAUCUCAGUGACCAAACCAACCCCAAUGACUACUGAAAGCUGAGCCUUAAUCUAGCUAUACUUUCUUCCGACGUUCAAACAAAAUAAUAUGCCCGCUUCCGUUCAUGCUACCUUCUGCGGCAAAGCUACAGUCCCGGCAGAGCCGCUACGUCUCCUUCCAGCUCUUCGACUCCAAUUUAAGACUAUCUGAAUUUUUUUUUUGUUUAUGGUUUGCGAACAAAGUUAGAAGUUGCACAGAUCUCGACUCAAGAAUUUGUCUUAGCCAUUCCUUAGGUAUGCUUGUGAUCCGUUGAUCGAAGCUAUUGCUUAGUUGUAUAAUCGUCGGUGUACUAAGUUUAUUGUCACCUCUUUUCUCAGUCUCCUUCUUCGACUCCAAUUUAAGACUAUCUGAAUUUUUUCGACACCCACUUAAGACAUGGACGAAUACAAAUAUUACAAUCUCUAAAGUCUAGGCGUUGAGACAGUGUACGAGAACGUGGGAGGAUUUAUCGCUGGUUUUGUGAGCACGUUCACGACCGAAGGAACUUCGCAAGGAGUAGAUCAAAAGGCAGAUGCUGAAGAAGCUACAAAAAACGCGGACGUAAUAGUUGUAACCGAUACAACGAGGGCUGCAGCCGGUACUGACUUACUCUCUGGUGCACAAGAAGGAACUACAACAACUCAGAAGAAAACAGGACCAAUGUCUGAAGCACCUAGUGUUUCGCCACACAAAGCGACGGGAGCGGCAUGCUCCUCCUCUUUACAGACAUCAACAUUAGACAGCACUGCAACGACGUCAGACGAGAAUCCCACAGCUGCAUCUACUUCUGGAGAGGUCAUAACUGUACGAUCGGAGCCAUUGCUGGAAUUCUCACCUACAUUAUGAGAAAGUGAACCUGUUAAUGGAGUACUAAAAAUUUGAAGCUCUAAAAACAGAUCAAUGGAACUGUCCUCUCCGAUUCGAAAAACUCCCUUUUUCUAACAUUCAGUAGAAUCGUCCCUGUUUCGGUCGACGAUUUGUUGAAAGAGGACGAUAAAAAAGCGGCGCCGGAGUCUUUCUACACGAAACUAGCGAAAAUGCCCUUGUUCGGUCUGAAGAACAAGAACUACAAUAGCAGCUAUCAAGAGGACAUUUAAGAAACUUCAGUUUACAAUAGCAGCUGUCAAGAGGAAUCCAGAAAGGACAUUUAAGAAACUUCAGUGUUGAUGAAUUGUGAGUAAUAUGGAGCUUCUUUGAUGUAUGGCAAGAAGGACCCUUCUUAUGAAUCCUCUUGAUGAAUUCUGUUUUGAUGCCAGCAGCAGCGCUAAGAUCACACCAAUAGUGCUCCUAUGUCGUCAGAAGGGCCGAGUGUUGGUGGCGAGAAAAAAACGGCGAAAACACUUUUAAGGCUUAUGUUGACUACUUACUCGGGUCACAACGGAACCAGGCAGCUACUCGUAGUUGCUACGUGGUUCGAAUGAAUGAAUGAGUACCAUAAGGAUUGGAUAACGACGCUCAGAGUCUUGGCAAAUGAGGAAGAAGAUAUGGAACUCAUGGCAGAUUCAUAAUAGGAUCCAAAUCCAAUCUCGUAAGUCUCUAAAAAUAAUGUCGAGCAGCGAGCAGCAGACGAAAAAAGGAAGCAAUCUGUUAUCUGCAUUUUCUUGGCGUGGACCAACAAAAGAAAGCACUCACCGAUAUAUCCGAGGCCCAUACAUUAAGGCAAAGACCUCUAUCAACAUACACUAUCAAGUGUGACAUUAUCUAAUUCUAAUAGAUAAUGUAAAUAUCUAUCAAGUGUAGAUGACCUAAGAAUAUUUUAGACGAUCGUACUACACUAGAAGCUGCUUUUAAGGUAUCAUUUCUAAAUACAAAGCACCUACAGCCGAAGAGGAUGCUACUUUUUUGAAAGCGGCGCUUCUGAUGUGCUCUAGUGCAGUCAAGUAGACUCGAAUGCGCUACCGUGGAUGAGGUACAUGGGCUUCUCUUGCGGAGGGUACGUGCGGGCUCUGAGGGAGCUUCUCUUGCUGAGGGUACGUGCGGGCUCUGAGGGAGCUUCUCUUGCUGAGGGUACGUGCGGGCUCUGAGGGAGCUGUCGUUUUCUCUGAUGACUGGUUCUCUGAUGACUGGUGUUGGAGAUGGAUGGUUGGACCGUAGGAAAUCUCUCUGACAGUCUCCCUGAUGACUGGCUUGAAUGGAGAUGUGAGGACGAUGAUGAAGAACGACUCAGGCAAAGCUGUUCUUUCUGGCAAAUGCAGUGAAUGAUAGUCACGACUGCAGUGUGGCAAAUUUGGUGAUAUUCACAACUGCAGUGAAUGAAGAGUGUUGAUGAAUCUAGUAUGGUGAUGCUAAGAGUGGUUUUGGAAGUUGGAUUGCAUGAUUGCGUACCUGCUCAUAAUACCCUCUACAAGGGAAUCUGAACAACUUGUCUGAUUCCAAAUCACUUACAUCACAU